AUGGAAUGUGAUUACACUUCUACCCUCGCCACAUCCGCUUCGAACGGUGGCACCGGAGCCCAUCUCCCCGAUCCCGCCCACCGAAACAGACCCCCUCCUCCCCUCCUCCGACCACGCGUCCACGCACGAAGAGGAAAAAUCCUUCCUAUCCCGGAUACCCUCCCCACACCCGCUCUACGCAUCAUCGCCUUCGUCCUCCUCAUCAACCUCCUCGCCUGGGCCGUCGUCGCCUGGCCCCUCGCCCGCCACCCCGCCCUCGUCGGCCCGGCCGCCCUCUCCUACGUCCUCGGUCUCCGCCACGCCCUCGACGCCGACCACAUCGCCGCCAUCGACCUCUCCACCCGGCGCCUCGUCGCCGCCGGCCAGCGGCCCGUCUCCGUCGGCACCUUCUUCGCCCUCGGCCACAGCACCAUCGUCGUCGUCACCUGCAUCGCCGUCGCGGCCACCGGCGGCGCCCUCCGCGACAGGUUCGGGGGCGCCGAGGAUAUCGGCGCCCUCGUGGGCGGCAUCGUCAGCGCCGUCGUCCUGCUCGUCUUCUGCGCCGGCAACGCCUGGGUCCUGCACAAGCUCGUGCGCAAGGCCCGCGCCUACCGUGUCGAGGGGAGCGUCGCCGAGGGUACCCGCGACGACGGCGUCCAGAUGCGCGGCGUCGUGCCCGGCACCGGCGACGACGAGGCCGAGGACUUGGGAUUCCUGGCUCGCGUCUUUGGAAAGCUGUUCAAGCUCGUCGACGCCCCGUGGAAAAUGUUCCCUCUUGGUGUGCUUUUCGGCCUCGGUUUCGAUACGAGCUCCGAGAUUGCCAUCCUGGGAAUCGCUAGCAUCCACGCCGUGCAGGGUACUAGCAUUUGGCUGAUUCUCAUCUUCCCCGUCCUCUUCGCGUGUAAGUCAUUCCCCCUCUGUCAUGAUGUGUCCCCGCUCGGCUUGGCCGCACCCCACCCCUUCUUGUGCUUUCGCCCGCGACCCCUCGUGACCCUCUACUACUCCCUCAUUCUCACCGCCAUCACCGUCGCUGUCUCCGCCUUUGUCGCCGGCGUCCAGGUCCUCUGCAUCGUCGAGACCAUCUUCGAGCCCAGCGGCGCCUUCUGGGACGGUCUCGACGUUUUGGCCGACCACUUUGACAUCGUGGGCGCCGCUAUCUGCGCUCUCUUUGCCCUUGUUGCCAUUGGCGCGGUCUUUGUCUAUAAACCGUGGAAGGAGAGGAUGACGCGAAGGGGCGUGGAGGCGUAG